CUCCAAUUCUGAGCUGAGAUCUCUCUUUCAUGAGUCUUUGAGACUUUAUUUGUGUUGAGUGAGCUACAUCGAUAGGCCGCUAAUAUAUAUACGUAGUACUUCGUAUUUAUUUAUAAAAGCCACGCACAUAUAUAUAUAUAUAUUGAUAUAUACACUUACCUAUAUAUAAAUUAAUUAAAUCCAUCUCCGGCCAUGUCUGAAGAGCUUAGAGAUUUGUUCUACCACCACCCAUUCCAAGAUGAUCAGCGCCCCCUCGGCUUUCUUUACUCAUCCACGCCGGCGGCUUCACACAGAUCGCCGGCACAUGAUGGCUUUCUCGAUCACUCCUCAUACAUGACGACCGCGGCCACCUUCAAUGACGACGACACUUUCAAUGCCGACGAUCCCGCCGACGUCUUCUUCUCCUCGCUCCAAGAGGAUCACCAUAAGCAGCAGGCCACCACGCCCGCCUCCACCUUCCUCAUGAACGUCGUCAUGGCUGGAGACCCGACCAACACUCACACCCCCCCGCUCACCCCAAACACUUCCAUCUCUUCCUCCUCCACCGAAGCCGGCGCCGCCGAUGACCAUUCCACCAAGCUUCUGCCCAAUAACAUCUUCACAGAUAAUACUAAUAAUAAUAAUAACAAGAAUAUUCACCAUAACCAAGUUUGCAGGGGCAGUGCUUCAGAAGAUGGAGAUGAUGCUGAUGAUAAGAAAGAGAAUAGGACUAACAAGGGAAAGAAGAAGGCGGAGAAGAAGCAACGACAGCCGCGAAUCGCUUUCAUGACGAAGAGUGAAGUUGAUCAUCUGGAAGAUGGAUACAGAUGGAGAAAAUAUGGGCAGAAGGCUGUCAAGAAUAGCCCUUAUCCAAGAAGCUAUUACAGGUGCACGAGUCAAAAAUGCCCGGUGAAGAAACGAGUGGAGAGAUCGUACCAAGACCCCACCGUUGUAGUGACGACGUACGAGGGGCAGCACAACCACCACAUCCCCACCAACCUCCGGGGAAGCUUCGCCG